AUGAUUAAGUGGACAGCUGGACAUACAAAUAUGAAUCAACGUUUUAAAGCAUUUGUUAAUCAUCAUGUAUUAUUUGAUAUGAGACAUAUGGCUUAUUCAACAGAUGAAUUAUGGUUUAUUGAAUAUGAUACGGGUAGCUUUACUCAACAUGACAAUCUUCAAGCAUUUGAAACAUAUAAUCCAAUUAAUUAUGUUACUAAUUGGGCUCAAUCACUGUUAGUUAUUCAUGAAACUUACGAUUAUCGUAUACUAGACACUCAACAUACUAUGGUCUUUUGA